AACCUGUAGUGUUGUGGACGAUACGGGGACAGCGAGGUUCGCCGUCAGGGCCGGGCCGAGGGCACAGCGGGGUCUCCGUCAGGGCCGGGCCGAGGGAACAGCGGGGUCUCCGUCAGAGCCGGGCGGAUAGUGACUGAGUUUUCUGCUGGCGAUGAGUUUCCGCCGAGCGUGCCUAAGGGCCGGCACCAGCCCCACUCUAGCCUCGGGUUUCCCGGUACAAAAACUCAGCUUCGCAGGGAGUGACGAGGAGGAAGAGGAUAAUGGAAACAGCACCGAGGACUCUGCCUUCCAGGAGUCGCCGGACCCCGAGCGGAAAUAUGGCGCGCUUGCUGCGCUCGGUCAGUGCGCGGAGGAGCUGGAGUUGGGGAACCUGAGCUGGGAGGACAGCUUCGUGAGCAGCCCGUCUCCGCUCAAGACACGGCGGGAUUACCGUGAGCGUCGGGACCUGGAGGAAUCCUCCAGUUCUCCCAUCCGUGAAAGCGGCGACCGGGAAGAAUGCAGUUCCCCAAUCCGAGAAGGAGGGGAGCAGGAGGAGUGUAGUUCCCCAAUUCCGGAUUGCCCCGAUACACCGCCACAUAAAACACUCAGAAAACUGCGGCUGUUUGACACGCCCCACACCCCCAAGAGUUUGCUGUCUAAAGCAAGGGUUAGGAAUUGCCUGAGUUCCAGCUCAGUAAGACGUCGUGGAGGGGCUCUUUUCAGAAAUGUUGAGCAGUCCGAGAGAAUGCCAUGUGAUUACAACAGGAAUAAGCCUCCGCAUGUCAACAUUAACCCCUUCACUCCAGACUCCAUGUACAUCCAUUCUUCUUCUGCACAGUGUAGAAGGAGGAAAAGGACCUAUUGGGAUGGGUUUCCAUGCAGAGAGAUGAUGGAUGGAAGCGAUGGGGAACUUGAUGAUGAAAGCAUUCGACCAGCAAAGAGAAUUCCAAUCACUGAAAGUAACAUGAAGUCACGAUAUACAACGGAGUUUCAUGAAUUGGAGAAGAUUGGUUCUGGAGAAUUUGGUUCCGUUUUUAAGUGCGUCAAACGACUUGAUGGUUGUAUUUAUGCAAUAAAACGCUCAAAGAAACCAUUAGCAGGUUCAGUUGAUGAACAAAAUGCUCUCCGAGAAGUUUACGCACAUGCAGUGCUAGGACAACACACACAUGUGGUUCGUUAUUAUUCAGCCUGGGCUGAAGAUGAUCAUAUGCUCAUACAAAAUGAGUAUUGUAAUGGUGGAAGCCUGUCAGAUGCAAUAUCAGACAGUAAUAGGAACCAACUGUAUUUUAAUGAACCAGAGUUAAGAGACCUGUUAUUACAGGUAGCUCGGGGUCUAAAAUAUAUUCACAGUAUGUCCCUUGUACAUAUGGAUAUAAAGCCAAGUAACAUAUUUAUAUCCAAAAAAUUAGUUACUAAUUCAGCAGCAGAUGAGAUGGAUGAAGAAGACUGCAUAUUAUCAACAAAUAUUGUUUACAAAAUAGGUGAUCUUGGACAUGUCACUCGUGUAUCCAAUCCUCAUGUAGAGGAGGGAGAUAGUCGGUUCUUGGCCAAUGAAGUGCUGCAAGAGGACUACAGACAUUUGCUGAAAGCAGAUAUUUUUGCCCUUGCACUCACUGUUAUAUCUGCUGCUGGUGCAGAGCCAUUACCAACCAAUGGAGAAAAGUGGCAUGAAAUUCGCCGAGGAAAGCUUCCUACAAUUCCACAAAAGCUCUCUCAGGAAUUUUUGGAUUUAUUGAAGUUAAUGCUCCAUCCAGACCCAGAGAAACGACCGACUGCAAGUACUUUGAUCAGGCAUUCCGUGUUGCUUCCAACUGCAAGGAAGAGUGCUGAUCAACUUCGGUUAGAGCUGAAUGCAGAAAAAUUCAAAAAUGCACUUUUGCAAAAAGAACUGAAGAAGGCACAAAUGGCAAAAGCAGCAGCAGAAGAGAGAGUAUUGUUCACAGACCGAAUGACAACCAGGUCUACUGUGCAAAGUAACAGAAGCACAAGGAUCAUUGGGAAAAAGAUCAAUCGUUCUGUUAGCCUUACAAUAUAUUGAAACCUUAGGGGUGACAGCUGAUUUUGUUUUUAAACUGGGGAUUUUUUAUUUUUGAAAGUUUGUUGCCAGUUUAGUUAACCACACAGUUGUAGGACCAUUGAGAAUAUUCUUGGUUAGGGUGUAGCAUUUCUGCUGCCUUUCUGGUCUUAACUUUUAUUUUUCAAUUUUAGUGUGCCUUUUGAAUAAAAGGACAAAAAUCUAUCAAAAAUAUCAGGAUAUUUUUAUUGAGUGGCACAUGCACCAUGAAUUCUGUAAAUCUGCCAGGUUUCAUGUUUAAAACUUUGUGUACAUCUAGAGGAUGUAUUUGAACCAUGUUAUACAUUGUACUGGGAGCACUUUGUAGACAUUGGGAUUUCCAUGGCAGACACCAUGGAUGAACUUGUCUUGGAUAAACUGCUGCUAUAUUAGUCAGUGUUGUACACUUUCUGUAAAAUUCAGCUAGCAUUAUAAACAAUCAUUGCUGUACCAGGAUUAGAUGUUUUUGAAAAAUGCAUUUUUAAUUAUGUGUAUUAAAUGAAAUAACAGUUGUUCACUGUUUACUGCUUGUGUUUACAGCAGUUUUUUUUAUUAAGCUAGUGCUUUGUAGGGAUACAUUGCACCUUUGUUUCUUCCAGUUUGUAUUUUCUGUAUU